AUGGGGUCCGCUUGUUGUGUUGCUGCUAGAGAUAGAUGUGUUGUUCCUAGAGAUAGAACCAUAACAAAUGGAUCAAGCAGUGAUAUUGUGCAGAGGAAUAUUAGAUAUUCGCCAUCAUGGAGCUUUCGCUGGGAUAACCGAGGACGAGUAGCAGGGGAAGAGACAUCUGUAACUUGGUUUUCUGAUGGAGUCAGCAGGAAUGAUGGACUGGACUUCAAAUCUGGAACAAUGGUGGAAACCACGCAUGCAUCAGAGGACGGAAGUUCAUUGGAUAGUUUCCAGACACUUGCAUGGCAAAAGUCCCCAGUUUCUGAAGGAAAUAAUGGGGUUUCGAGCAUUCCUCCCUCAGAUCUAUCAAUUUCUAGGAAUUCUCCAGAGGUGAAGGAGCCAAUAGGGUAUUCAGCAGUUUCAGAUACAUCUCCCACAAAGCUAUCACCUUCAGUGCAUUCAGUUUCAUCUUUGUCUACAUCUCCUUUGUCAUCUCAAGGUCACCUGGUACCUACAACCUCUACUCCACCAAGGUGGUCCCGCCGUUCCCCAGGAAAUCGGCUAUUGCGGCAAGUAUCAGAUAGCCGGAUUCCAGGAUUGAAGUCACCAAAUUUCUCAAUUUCUGAGGAGCCAUCUUCCUUUGUGCUGCCUGAGUGGAGCAAUGAAUUAACAAGGGGCUCCAAUGGUGGGUCUUCAGAUAGUUGGUCUAUCCCUCCCUUUCCUGAGCUCAUGGCAACUUCUCAUAGAGAGAGAUGGUCUUUUGAUAGUGAGUCCUUAGGCUUCAAUCGUGACAAGAUAUCCAGAUCUAGUGGCCGAAUUUCUGCUUCUUCCUCUUUUGAUAUCCAAAACUGUGGGGUUUGCUCAAAGCUUUUAAUUGAGAAAUCUUCUUGGGGCAGCCAGAAAAUUAUAGCCACUAAUGAGCUUGCUGUGGUGGCUGUUUUAAUUUGUGGCCAUGUUUACCAUGCUGAGUGCCUGGAGAAUAUGACGCCUGAAAUCAACAAGUAUGACCCCACCUGCCCGGUUUGUACUUUGGGGGAGAAACAAACCCUGAAGCUGUCCGAGAAAGCAUUGAAAGCUGAAAUGGACUUGAAGGCUAGAAACAAGAAAUCAAGGAACCGGGUUGUGGAUAGUGAUCUAAGUAGUGAUCUUGUUGUGUUUGAUCGCCAGAAAAGUAGCGGUCCUAGGAUGAGCUUAAGUUCCAGUAUGAAGAGCUCCUUGGGGAAGCCUUUCUUGAGGCGGCACUUUUCAUUUGGGUCAAAGGGGGAUAGAUCCUCAUCAGAGAAUCUUUCUGUUCGAAAGAGGGGGUUUUUCUGGGCAAAAUCUAGCAAGAACUGA